UUUUGUGGACAUCACUAAAAAAAUGACGUAUGUUGUUCUCUGUCGCCCACCCACACGUUUGGGUUGAUUUUUCAUGAAGAGUUUUUAUCGUAUAUUUUAUUAUUCUUCGCACAAUUCAAUACCUGGUUUAUAAUUUGUUACUAUGUGUCGAUUUUUGUAUAAUGCGGCGUAACCCACAACUGAGCGUGCCUAUCAUGUAAGAGUGUUAUUUUCGCGGACGGGCGUGAACGUAUGGAACAGUUACAUGUUUUGUAAUUAAUUUGUACGCCCACUAACCUGGCUUCUAUCUUAAGGAGUGCGGUAUGUUACAUAGAAAAAAGUAAUCGCGGUGGUUGAAUUUGUAAAUAAUGUCGCUACAAAAGAGUGUCAAAAGUGGUGGUGGUGAUAGGAGUGAGUUGGCCGAUACGACUUCGAUAUGUUCAUCAGUGACCACCCAGCCGGAUCGCCACGGUUUCUUCGGAGGUGCUCAGUACAGUCCAGAACCAAAGAGGACUGUAUCGCCGAGCACGAUACUGAAGCGGGAACAGAAGUGGAUACGGAUGCUGAACAACUGGGAGGGGUUCAUGAGUAAAAACUACAAGAAAGUGCGCGAGAGAUGCCGGAAGGGCAUACCGGCGUCGGUACGACCUAAAGCGUGGCUGUACCUCUGCGGGGGUCAGUUGCUGCUUCAGAACCAUCCGAACGAAUACGAGGAGCUGCUGCAGGCCCAGGGAGACCCCAAAUGUAUGGACGACAUCAGAAAAGACCUGCACAGGCAGUUCCCGUAUCACGAAAUGUUUAUCAGGGAAGAGGGAUUGGGGCAACAAGAACUCUUCUCAGUACUGAAGGCGUAUUCAGUGCUGAACCCGAAGGUGGGUUACUUCCAGGCGCAGGCGCCGGUGGCCGCCUUCCUAUUGAUGCAUAUGCCCGCCGUCCAGGCGUUCUGGUGCCUCGUCAGCAUCAGCGAUAAGUACCUGAAGGGGUACUAUAACCCUGGGCUUGAGGUUCUCCAGCGCGACGGUGACAUCCUCCAUGCCCUCCUCCGCCGUACCGCCCCCUCCGUACACCGCCACCUGGUGAAGCACAAAGUGGAGCCGGUAUUGUACGCCACGGAGUGGUUCCUCUGCGCGCUGACGAGAACUCUCCCGUGGGACAGUCUGCUGCGGGUGUGGGACUGCUUCCUGUGCGAAGGUGUCAAGGUACUAUUCAAAGCGGCCUUAGUAAUCCUAGCGGGGGCCCUAGGCCCGGCCAAGGUUCGCAAACGCGCGGCCGGUCUCUGCGAGACCUUGGAGGUGCUGAGGCAUCCCCCGGAUGCGGUGCUGCAGGAGGACUACCUGAUGUACCAUAUGCAGAGACUAAACUUGACUGAGGAAGACUUUGAAUUUGAACACCAGAGACAGACGGCUAGGCGGCGCGCUAUGGCCAAUAGAAGUGGCAGCUGAUUCAGCGACUGUUCCUACAGGCGUUACUCAAAGAAUAACGCCCGGGACAUUUUCAACACGCUAUGAGCGCGAGUGCGACACUGACCAAGUUAAAAUAUACCUUAAGUGCAAUGUGAUACGGUCGAUAGUGCUGGACGACUUUGGAAGUAAUAGUGUAGUGCGAAGUAAAUUUUUUACUAGCGGAAUCACGAUCCAAGGAAUAAGAAAAAGAAUAGGCUCGUUUUUUUACAUAUAGACCAAUUGGUAAACUAGAUGUGUCAUCUCAGGAUAUGUGUUACAAUAACACAACAAUGGAGUUAAAUAAGUCUAGAAGUAGUAAGUUCCUGAUGAAUGUAAUUUUUCAUAUAUAGCAUCUUAAUUCUGAGAUUUAUUUGACAGCUUUACAGCUGCGCUGAAAAAUGCGUACGAUGCAAGAUGAUGACACAUCCAAUAGAUUCUUACAAUAGCACUUAUACUUUUCAGAUUAUUUAAUGUUCCAUAAAUACAACUAUUUAUAAAAUUAAUUGUGUCAAUCCAUAUGUGAUUCUGAAAAGUUACUAUUAUAUGAUACCUGAAUUACCCCACUUUUGGAUCGUGGGACCCUGGGCUCCUCUCUAGGGUAAAAAAUGCUAGUAUGAUGACUCUUGUGAAGUGUUAGUGAUAAAGCAAGCCAAUAUGGACUGUGUUAUAUUAGUGUUGAAGUCGAUUAUUGCACAAUUCGGAAUGCUAGCGGUAAGUUACCUGUGCGGUGCCUCUUUAUGUCGUGUUCACAUCAGUUAAUUGAAAAAUCUAUAAUAAUCUUAUGUACUGAAGAUAGCUUACCAAGCAAAAUUUGUAUAAAUUAUAUUAGUUUGAUUCUAAUAAAAAAAAAACUAUAUUUUUUCUUGUUUGUCUUUGGUAGUCCUCUGUAUGUAAACUUUUUGUGGACACGGCUUUAUGUAUAAAUAAAUAAUAAUUAUCGUUUGUCCUGAUAAAGUGCAGUAUUGUUAGCUGAUUAGUCUUCAAGUAUCUGUUUUUUUUUCCAAUUUUAUAUUAAUUAUUUGCGUUUUUAGUAAAGAAUUGGAUACAAAAUUUGCAAACAGCUUUCUUAAUAUUGUAAGCUGUGUUUAUAUGAAUGGCAGAAAGUAACAUAUCUAUCAACGCAAAGCUAAAACUAUUUGAAUGAAUCAAUUUAUCAACUUAUUUGUAUAAAUUUUCUUGCAUAAUAAGUGUCUCACUUUUGUUAAUCUUGUAAGACCGUAUGUAAUAUUAUAAAAAGGGAUGAAAACUAAAGUUUAUAACUGAUUUUAAACUCUCGCAUUGAGUUUUACUAUUUAUAAAUAAUACAGGUAUUAAACGCGCACAUAACAUAACUUUAUUUUAACGUAACAUGAUCAAAUCAUAUAAUCACGUCCGAGGUAAAAUAAAGGUAUGUUACGUGGGCGUUUAAUAACUGUUUUUUAUAAAUAAUUAAUUAAAGUUAGUCUUAUAUGCUAGUUUGGAAAUAGCAAAAAGUAUAAAUGUAGUAUGACGACUGACCAAAUGGAGGAUAUAAUAUGAAGCAAUUCAAAAUGCAGAUAUGAAAUGCUGAAAUUUGCUAAUGUUAUGAUUGAAUAGUAAACUCAUUUUAAUUAUUUUUAAAGAAUAAUACUUAAAGUAAAUUUCCUGAUAAAUUUAGGCCAUAUAAAGCUCUCACUUUAAUUUUUUAGAUCGACAUUUAUUUUCAUAUAUGCGGAGAACCAUAGUCUUUAUUAUAGACUUAGUUUUUAAUUUUUAUGUAAUUCACAUUCUUCUCGAAUCAUGAUUUCUUCAAAGAUUCCAAAAAUAAUUCGUACUAUCACUUCCAAUUUUGUAUUAAGCAUACUUGGAACUGAAAAUAUUUUUUAAUUGUAUUAUUGAAAGAGGAAUUCCAAGUAGUCUCACAAACAUAUUCCACUAUCCCAUCGAACAUUAGAGGAUUUAUUUAACGUUAAAUCUAUAUCUGUCUCUUCUAAGUUUGUUUUUUCAUAUCAUAAUAUAAAAUAAAAUAAAAAUUUAGCAAGGAGACAGAGGCAAAUCAUCCUAUUUUAUCUAUCUUAAAUGUUUUGUGUAGUGACCGUUACGAUCUGCAAAUUUUUAUCUUUUGUAGAGUUUGAGUUUAAGGCUAUGUUUUAUUUUAUCUUGUUCCCAAUUUUUUUUGCUUAUUUUAUAUUUUAGAAAGAGUAAGCUAUGAUUAAUUGUAUUAUGUGCAAAAUAUUUCAUAAUAACAUGUGAUAAGGUUUGUUAUGUAACGUUACAUAUCGGAAGUGUAAAUAAAGGCUGGCGAACAUGUUGCUGCAAUGUGAAAAUAAAAACAAUUUCAGUGGAAAAAAAUAUGCCUCACUGAAAAUAGUUGUUGAUGAAGUUGAUAGGGCUGCAUAGGCGGACCACACACAGCGAGUAACUGCACGAGGCAAUAACGCGCGAAGCAGCUCGGUUAGAGUGGUAGUACCUCGCUCGCCAAGACAAUAGAUGUGGACUUAAGUUGAAACAAUAUAAGUUACAUGUGAUUAAAUAUAGUAUUUUAGCGUUUAUAAACGUUUUGUUUCCAUUUAAAUUAUGUAGUCCAUUUUUUAAUUCAAAUUGAUUUUAAUAACGGUAAAAAAAAAUGCUUGAACAGCUUUUAUAGCAAAAUAUAUUGUAUCCAUGACAUAGCUGCCAAACAAAUACAGUUCAUGAUACUAACCAAAAACAUAGCAUUAGUUUACUCUUAUUUCGCGCGCCCUUUCACAGACAGUCUACUCGUUUUGUGUGGAUCCACCUUUAUAUCUUUCAUCAUAGCGAUGUAAAUAAUAAUAAAACAAAUGUUAGUCUGGCUAGAUACGCGAUUCAUGUAAAAUAUGUUGGUACAAAUUGAAAUCAUAAUGUCCAGAUAUUAAUAACGAUAUAGAAAUAUAAAUACAUUUUUAAUUUUAUUUUAGGCUGUAUUGACACAGAAUUCUUAUAAUUUUGAACAUGAUUCUGUAUUCAUGUUGCCUUAACACACAAAUGAUGGGUUCCGUAUAAUUUAUUCAUAUUAAGUCUUCCCAUUCGAAGUACAAGAUCCAUUAUAAAAGAUCUGUAUUUUCAUACACAAAAUAAAUCUAUAUAUAUCUCGUGAAGCAAUAAUAGGAUUAUUUUGGGACAAAAAUUAAGAUUAUUAAUAAUAAUGAGUGCAAUAUAAUAUGUGUUAUAUAUUCAAUUUCUUGUAAUAUUGAUGGAUUUAGGAAAAAUAAAUUGAUAUAUAUCAAUAGAUUAAUUUUUGCUACGUAUGCCGCCAUAUUCCCGGUUGCAAUUUUAGAUCUGAAGACAGCAUGUAAAGUAUGACUUUAAAAUAUUUUAAUAAUAUUUUACAUGCUCUUUGCUUUGCCUGGGGUCUUCCAACUGUAAAGAAAGGUAUUUUUUUACAAUAAUUUGACCUCAUGUCACUCACAUGAUAUAAAAUGAUAUUUUUUUAAAAUCUAUUGCACAUUUGCUUUGCUUUGCUUUAGUCAGCAGUUUAAAAAAAUGAAAUGAUAAUAUUUCUAGUAUAUCUAUAAAAUUACAUUAUCUCAAAAGUAAUUCUUUAUUUCUAGUUUGGCAAAAAUGAGUCUAGAAUGGCGACAGAGCGUGAACUUAAAUUUAAAAAUAGACCUAAAAAAUAAAGCGCUUGUAAAUUCAUGUCACAUGGAAUUUACAAGCGCUUUAUUUUUUUUGCCUUUGGACUUAAAAAACAAUAUAGUAGACAUGGCAUUAUAUAACUGCAUCUAAAUAUAUUUAUUUAGGCUAUGUUUUGCCAAGCUAUCAAGCCUUAUAGGUUAAGAAAUCUAACAUGAAUAUCAUAAUAUUUUCUUCGCAAUACGUUUGCGGUUAGAACUGCCAAAACUAACUUGGGUAUGAUUUUAUUAUGGCCCGUCCUAGGCUAUGAUUUUAUUUAAGAUGAGUUUUAUCUCUGGUGCAUAAUGUUUAAGUUAUAAUUGCUGAUUAUAUUCUAAUUUGAAUGGUUGUGAUUAUAAUCAGUUUGCCUGUAAUGUGAGAAUGAAAUAUAAUCAAAUUCCUUACGACAGUUUUGGAAAGUUGUAAUAAGAAAUUUUUUGUUUGUAUAAAAAAGACGACUGGCCAAUCAGCGGAAAUUAAAAUAGAAUGCAUUAUAAAUUGCAAUACAGAUAAUAACAAUAUGGACAACGCAUUAAAAAAAUAAGUAUUUGAAAUUCUUACGUCAGUGGAACCCGGGGCAAAAGCUAGUUUUUAAUAAGACUUUAGAGAAGCCUGCAAUCUUAUAACUUUGUUUAGUCAUUCGUAUACUAUAUCGUAAGCAAAGUUUUGAUUUUAAGUUCAAUUGAGUGUUGUAAUGUGUGUGAUUUUUGUUGGUGAAUAUUUUUAAUCCAAUGUUAUUCUUAAUAUUAUUUUUGUUGUUAUUUUCUUCUGCUUAGUUCGAUAAGUUCCGUAUUCAUUUUAAUUCCACUCAAAUUUUCCACAUUCCACAAGCAGACUGUACAGACAUGUUUAGAUAAUUCAAACUGAUAUUUUUGUAAAAUGGCCAAGAACCAUGAUGCUGCAGUAUUCGUGUUGUAAAUAAAUAUAAAAGUUAAUAAAAUA